AUGGCAUCUUGGAAUUUUCUUCUGGGAAUUCUGCUGUAUCACACUGUCCAGGCAAUCCUGGCAGAGAUAUCUUUACAACCUGAAAUCUGUUCUGGGCAAGGGCAGAAAAUCUCCCUCAGCCACUCCUACAAGAUUGAUCUCCCGAAGUCCUCUCAAAUCAAGGUGGAGCCAGAACCUGUGCCUCUCCAAGAUGACAGCCGCACAGUGGUGGUCAACGGUGGAACGGAUGAAGAGCAAAAUAUUAUAUUCAGGCAUAAUAUUCGGUUGCAGACACCCAACGGGGACUGUGAAGUCUUAAGCCAGCUCAAGACCUUGUUGGAAAGGAUGGUGAAGAUGGAGAUAGAAGUGGUACGUCUGAGGGAGGUCUGUAGUCCUCAGAGAUGCUGUGGGAGUAGCCAAGGUGUUUCUUCCUGUAGUGGCCAUGGCACUUUCAUCCAAGAGCUCUGUAGCUGCCAGUGUGAUGAAGGCUGGGAAGGCGAGGACUGUUCCCGUGCUACCUGCCCAGGGAAUUGUAACGGCAACGGGCGCUGCAUUGAUGGUCGCUGCAUUUGCAAUGCACGGUACGCUGGCGAAGACUGCAGCCAGCUCCUGUGUCCCCAGAACUGCAAUGGAAAUGGGAUCUGUAUCAAUGGGGUCUGCCAGUGCUACAAGGAAUACACGAGGGAUGACUGCUCCGAGAAGAGGUGUCCCAACGACUGCAGUGGGAAUGGAUAUUGUGAUAGUGGCGAGUGUUACUGCGAGGAUGGCUUCAUCGGGCUCGACUGUUCCAAAGUGAUUGCUCCUUGGAAUGCACGGCUCCUGAAGUCCUCAGAGGAUUCGCUGACCAUCGGCUGGGAUAAGAUUACAGAUGUGGAUUAUUACCUUGUAAGCUACUUUCCUGUUGGGCAUGAGGCCUCCGUGAAGCAAGUGCGAGUGCCCAACGAUCAGCUUAGCUAUGAGAUUUUAGAUCUUCUUUCCGGAACAAAGUAUGUCAUCACAAUUCACCAUGUGAAGAAGGGGAUUUCCAGUGACCCAAGCCUUCUGCAAGCCAGCACAGAUGUGACCACCAUUGGUGCUAUUUGGGUGACGGAAACCACAGAGAAUUCACUGGAAGUAGAGUGGGAGAAUCCUGCAACAGAGGUGGAUUAUUACAAACUGAGAGUCAGUUCAUUGCUAGGGCUGGGGGAGGAGAAGGAGGUGUUGGUCCCCAAAAGCAACGACCCAAAGAGCCGGUAUAUCAUCACAGGCUUGAUUCCAGGAACACAGUACAAGAUCACUGUCAUAUCAGUGAAGAAUGAGAUUGAAGGGAAACCAUCCUCUGUAAAUGGCUGGACAGAACUUGACAUCCCCAAAAAUCUAAUGACUGAACGAGUAACAGAGGAUACAGCUACGAUCUCCUGGAAGAAGGUCCAGGCACAUAUAGAUAGAUAUUCAGCACGAUGCACAUCUGCAGAUGGAGACACCAAAGAGGUAUCUGUAGGCACAGACAAGAGCAGCACCACUCUGACAGGUCUGCGUCCAGGCAAGGAAUAUGUCAUCUAUGUCUGGGCUGAGAAGGGAAACCAGCAAAGCCAGAAGGCAAAGACUAAAGUUGUAACAGAAAUUGAUGGCCCCACUAAUCUGGUAACCAACCACGUAACAGAAGGCACAGCCACCAUAUCUUGGCAGGGAGCCCAUGCUCCCAUAGAAAGAUAUAUUGUCACCUAUACCUCAGCUGAUGGGGACACCAAAGAGAUGACUGUGGGGAAAGACAAGAGAACGACUACUUUGACGGGACUGAAGCCAGGCAUGGAAUAUACCAUCUACAUCUGGGCUGUGAAGGGUGCCCAGCAAAGCAGGAAGGCAAGCACUCAAACUUUAACAGAAAUUGAUAGCCCUACGAAUCUGAGGACAGAACAAGCAACUGAGAACUCAGCCACCAUCUCCUGGAAGAAACCCUUGGCUGUUAUAGACCGAUACAUAUUAAGCUAUACCUCUGCUGAGGGAGAAACCAGAGAGUUUGCAGUUGGGAAGGAUAAGACCAGCACCAUGUUGACUGGACUGAAGCCAGGCAUGGAGUAUGUCAUCUACAUCUGGGCCUUGAAGGGAACCAAGUCAAGCAAGAGGACAAGCACAAAAGCUGUGACUGAAAUUGACCCUCCACGGAAUCUCCGUGUAUCAGAUGUGACACAAUCUAGUGGAGUGGUCACGUGGGUGCCGCCUGAUGCCCAGAUUAAUGGGUAUCUCCUUACUUAUCAAGAGCCAGAUGGAACUAUCAGGGAAGUCCGGCUAGGUCCCAACGAACAAAAGUUUGUGUUAGAAGGCCUUAGUCGGGGAACUAAAUACACCAUCUAUAUUAUGGCCUUUAAGGGAGACCGCUGGAGCAGAAAAGCAGCCAUUACCUUCUCCACAGUCAAUUUACUCUAUCCCUACCCGGCUGACUGCAGCCAAAUGCAGCAAAACGGACAUUCUGCAAAUGGUAUCUACACCAUCUAUCUCAACGGUGAUCUUAACAGGCCCUUCCAAGUUUACUGCGACAUGACCACUGAUGGUGGUGGAUGGAUAGUGUUUCAGCGGCGAAACACGGGGCAGCUGGAUUUCUUUAAACGUUGGAGAAAUUAUGCUGAAGGCUUUGGAGAUCCAAGGGGGGAAUUUUGGCUUGGCCUUGAAAAGCUUCAUGAACUGACUAGCACUUCUCCCACCCCAUUUGAGCUGAGGGUGGAUCUGCAGACCCACAACGAUUCUGCUUAUGCCAUCUAUGACCACUUCCAAGUGGGCUCAAGCAGGGACAGGUACAAGCUCUCGAUAGGAAAUUAUAGAGGCACUGCCGGGGACGCUAUGACUUAUCACAAUGAGAGGAAGUUUACCACCUGGGAUAGAGACAACGACAUUGCCAUCAGCAACUGUGCAAUCUCACACCACGGGGGCUGGUGGUACAAGAAUUGCCAUUUGGCAAACCUCAAUGGUAAAUACGGAGAUGACAAACAUAGCGAGGGCAUUAACUGGGAGCCGUGGAAAGGCCAUUUAUACUCCAUCCCUCGCGCUGAGAUGAAGCUGCGUCCGCGGUCACAUAUCUUUGGCCCAGUCCUAGGCAGGAGCAGGCGAUCUCUGGCAGUGAAGAAGAAGGAGAUGAGCAUUUAAACUGGUUUUCUGAAAAUGCUGUGCUUGUCAAUCUCAGCACAGGAACCCAUUAGCAUGUAACAAGCACAUUUAUAACCACAAGGCACUGGCUUACAUCCUCCUCAAAGAAACAUGCCCGGUUAAUUAGAUGGGAUCACCAUAUAACUCAGCCCACAUUUGAAAGAAGAGGCGAUCGGGAACUAAGGGCCAGUUCAUAUAUUACACUUGUGCCAAUUGGCCAUGCUGGUAGGGGCUGAUGGGAAUUGUAGUUCCUUAACCUCUGGAGAGCCGCAGGUUCCCUACCCCUGCACUUGUGUAUUGAAGUUUCCACUUGCCUCUUGUUUUGCCAGCCACUACAAGCAUCGAGGGCUGGAGAAUCCCGGUCCAGUCCUUAAGUUGUCUCAGGUUCUUACUAAGGAAAGAGAUCUUUGCUAUUCACUUGCCCUAACUGCACAGCUUUGCUUCUCCUUGUCGGAGGAAACAAAGAAUCAACCACCAUGGCUCUUUUCCUUCCUUGCUCUUAAAGGCAGUUCCUUUCCUUCAUCUCUGAUUGUAGGCAGCAAAGCCUUCCUGCUCUCUGGUGGGCUGGAGCCAGGUAAGAGAAGGAAAGAAGU